CUAUUUAUCCGAUUUGUUUAUCCACGAAUGACAUAGAAUUGUUCUGUUUUUUUGAAUUUCUUUUUACAAUUUUUUUUACAAUUUUUAUCAAUCAACAAAUAAUAAUGCGUUGGUUUCAAUUAUUAUUGGCCACAGUGGUCAUUGUUGCCAUUAUUCAUAUGAAUCAACAAGUUGAAGCAAAAAAAUUAAAAAAGAAAGAAUUAUUGGCAUUGAUUCUUUUGUCAAAAAUACCGAAGAAAAAACUUAUUCUACCAAUUCCAUUACCGUUACCUCUUCCAAUACCAAUUUUUGAAAGAACAAAAAAAGUUAUCAAAAAAGAACCAGUUGUUGUGAAAAAAAUUAUCAAAGUUCCAUAUGAAGUUCCAGUAAAAGAACCAUAUUAUGAAGAACCAUAUUAUGAUUCUUAUUCAGCUGCAUCCGGUGGUGAUUUUGAACAAAAUUAUCAUCCAUCAUCACGUUCACGUGAUGGUUAUCGUGGUCCUAGUAAUUAUGGUGGCGGUUAUGAUGGUAAUGAUGGUUCAUAUGAUAAUGAUUAUGAACCUUCAUACUAAACAAAACAUAAUAAAACAAAAAAAACUGAAUCUUGGCUGGACUGGAUUCGAUUUUUAGUAUAAAAAAAAAUUCAUUCAUCUACCGAUUCCUCAUUCUGAUUUCCUAAUUAUUCAUUUUAUUUUAUAAAAUCAUUUGAAACUUCAAAAAAAAACCAUUCAAGAUAAACCCAGAAAUAGUCCAACAAUAAUAAUAAUAAUAUUUAACCAUUUUUUUUCCAUACAAACAAACAUAAUCAU